CCGGCCGCGGACUCCGCUGCUGCGGGCUGCCCUAGUCCGGCCAGAGCGGGGUCAGCAGCUCCCGCCAGAGUGGGGCGCCGGCCGCUGCCUCAGCCAUGCUCCGCGGACUGGCCAGGGCUGCGGCCCCGGCGCUCAGGGCCCCUCGGGCGCGGGGGUCUGGGAGCUGGGCUGGGGUCCCGGCGCACGUGGUGGACCUGCGCAGCGACACGGUGACCAGGCCCGGGCCGGCCAUGAGGCGCGCCAUGGCCGAGGCGGUCGUGGGGGACGACGACUACGGCGAGGACCCCACUGUCCGCGAGCUUCAGGAAGAGGCCGCGGAGCUGCUGGGGGUGGAGAGGACCCUGUUCGUGCCCACCUGCACCAUGGCCAACCUCAUCUCUGUGAUGGGUCACUGCCGGCGCCGGGGCUCCCAGCUCCUCCUCGGGCAGGAGAGCCACCUCCACGUGUACGAGCAGGGCGCUGUGGCUCAGAUCGCUGGAGUGCACUCCGAGCCCCUCCCAGACCUGCCCCACGGCACCCUGGACCUGGGUGCGCUGGAGAGGGGGCUCACCCGGGGACUGGGGAGCCGCUACCACCCAGUGUGUGAGCUCGUCUGCUUGGAGAACACGCACAGCAGCUCCGGGGGCCGGGUCCUCCCCCUCGACUACCUGCGCCAGGUGAACCUCCUGGCCCGGACGUACGGAGCCCGGGUGCACCUGGACGGAGCCCGGCUCAUGAACGCAGCUGUGGCUCUGCGCGUGCCCCCGGCCCACAUAGUGCAGCACUGUGACUCCGUGUCACUCUGUUUCUCCAAGGGCCUGGGUGCACCGGCGGGGGCCUUGGUUGGGGGACCCGCGGACUUCAUCGAAGAAGCGUGGCGCCUCCGGAAAGCCCUGGGCGGGGGCAUGCGCCAAGCAGGGGUGCUGGCCGCGGCCGCCCUGGUGGGCCUGGCUGAUGCCCGGGAGGUGCUGCCGAGGGACCAUGAGAAUGCCCGGCGGUUCGCCAAAGGACUCCAGGAGCUGGCGUCGCCCCUCUGCUCCGUGGACCCCAGCACCGUGGAGACCAACGUGGUGAUGGUGACCCUGGACGGGCUGCCGCCGGCGGAGCUGUGCCAGCGCCUGCAGGCAGUGAGCACCGAGGAGGUGGCCCAGACCGGCCGCGCGGUGCGUGUGCUGCUGUUUCCCUGGACGGCGCGGGCUGUGCGCGCCGUGUGGCACCGCGACGUCUCCACUCAGGACACGGAACUGGCACUGAGGAAGUGGGAGUUCGUGCUGGGGCAGCUGGGGCGCUGAGGCCGGGGCAGUCGGGGAGCCCCAUCCUGGCUGGGGUCAGGGCAUGGUGUGGAGAUGUCCCCACGCCUCUCAGCCUCCACACUCACAGGUGACGUCCCGCCCAGUCACAGCCAGCCAGGCCCAGGACGGACAAUACGUGGCCGAGGGGGCCGGCGCCGUGGCACGGUGGGUUAAGCCCGUCUGCGAGGCCUGCUCCGUGGGAGACCCAGAGGGGUUCCUGGUUUGUGCCAUGGCUGUUGCAGGCAUCUGUGGAGUGAACCAGCAGGCGGAAGGUCUUCCAUUCUCUGUCACUCCACGUUUCAAAUAAAUAUGAAAGACGUGACUGAACACUGAGACAAAACGGACCCUCGGGUGUGAGGACAAUGCGGCUGUCAGAGUUGACAAUGAAAUGCGAAGGAGCCACAAGGUGAGGUAAAGUUGCCGGAGAAGCAGGAACUGUGACCACAUGGAAAUUCUAGAACUGAACAAUAAACCAGGAAACUUGGUGGACAGGUUGACUAGAGAGGCAGACACGGCCGGAGAGAGAAUUAAUGAAGGGGAAGAUAAAUCAGGAGGAAAUUCAUCUAAAAAGCAGACCCCGAGGGUGGUCCUUUGGAAACAGUAAUAAAAUGGGCACCCCCUGCUGAGAUCCACCUGGCGGGAGAGGAGCCUGGGAGACUCA